AGAGAGAGAGAGAGAGAGACAUAGAGUAGAGCACUCAGAGGCGCCUGGAGGGGAACCUGUGAUUAUUUUGUUUCUGUCCGCCACACCGGCUCCGUACCACCGGAGCGCGCCGCUGCUGCCUGGCGGCUUUUACCUCCUCCUAGAUGGGAAGGGAAAUCGAUGAGACGCGGGCGGCGCUGGUGCCACAGGACCACAGGAUGCGCUCGGGGUCGCUGGACAGAGUGAUGACGCGGCAGUGAGGAACGCACAUACCUCAUUCUAACACACACACACUCACACACACACACACAUAUAUAUUUGCCCACACACACACUUUAAGUCUUGCCCUACUAAGACGGGAAGGAGGGGGAGAAAAUUCUGCUAUGACGGCGUCAUUUCUCUCCAUUACCAGUGUGUGAGCCACACACACCCGUUCUCACACUCCGUAGGGAGUUGUCUGCACAGAGGAUAAGGCCCGAUCUAGGGCACAAAGAUGAAGUUCACCUCCUAUCCGACAUGUAUCUAACAUUCACACAGAUGCUCGCGCAACUACACUCACGUGGAAUCUCAUAUGUCAGAGGUUACAAAUGAAAGCUUGAAUGGAGAGAAGACAUUAAGCAUCUCGGAGAAGACACAAACGCCAGGCUGAGGCCGAAGAAGAUGCCCCAGGCGUGCUGAAAAGACAGAGGGAGCUGCCGUUUGACCCCUCACCCACUGGAGCCGUACCACCUACCAGCCAAACUACCAAGAUAGCAUUGUGCAGCUGUGACACCUAGAACGUGUUCUACGAAGCAGCCUACAGUUGUCACCAUGAGCUGUAGGCUAGAGGAACCUACCCAGCUCUAGCCUCUAUUUCUUCCAGUGUGUGUGAGUGUGAGAGAACGAGUGUGUGUAUGAGUGUUAUGGCGGUGUGUGUUUGGGCGGCAGCCCCACUGCUCUUCCUGGGGCUGUGCCUGUGCAGUGCGGGGGGCCAUGCCCAAGGGGAGGUCCUGGAGUACGGAGGUGUGUCCAGUCAGUGGGGGCGAUUCCCGGUGUGGAACGCCUGCUGUGAGAGUGUGCUGAGCUUCAGCCUGCGGACUCACAGCCAGGAGGGCCUGUUGCUCUACCUGGAUGACGAGGGCUUCUGUGACUUCCUAGAGCUGCUGCUUCUCCACGGCCACCUCCACCUGCGUUUCUCUAUCUUCUGUGCUGAGCCAGCCGAGCUGCAGUCAGGCGUGGCGGUCAGUGACGGCCGAUGGCACGCAGUGCGUGUCAAGCGGGACUGGAAGAACACUUCGUUGGAGGUGGACGGGCGGCUGGAGGGAUGGGCGGAAGUGAAGAGCAAGAGAAGAGACAUGACAGUAUUCAGCCACACCUUCAUGGGCGGGGUGACGCCAGAGCUUCACUCGUCGCCCUUACGCCUCACAAGCCCUUCUGUGCGGGAACGACCCCCCUUCCGUGGCUGGAUCAGGGGUGUGAGCAUCAACGGUUCGCUGGUGACACAGGACGGCUCCGAGGGCGUCACAAUCACAGCUGGCUGCGGACCAGACCACAAGUGCCAGAAUGGAGGAGUGUGCAGUGUGGUCAACGACCAGGCCGUGUGCGACUGCUCCGACACCGGUUUCCAAGGCAAUGACUGCAGCGAAGAGUACAGCUACACUCCAGGUCUGGCACACCUGAUGAUUGGCGACCAAGCUCGCGAGGAAUAUGUCGCCACCUUCAAGGGCUCUGAGUACUUCUGCUAUGACCUGUCGCCCAACCCCAUCCAGUCGAGCAGCGACGAAAUCACGCUUUCUUUCAAGACCCUGCAGCGCAACGGCCUGAUGCUGCACACCGGCAAGUCCGCUGACUAUGUCAACCUGGCACUGAAGAACGGUGCCGUGUCACUUGUCAUCAACCUCGGCUCCGGGGCCUUCGAGGCCUUGGUGGAGCCCGUCAACGGCAAGUUCAACGACAACAGCUGGCACGACGUCAAGGUCACCCGCAACCUGAGACAGCACUCAGGCAUUGGACACGCUAUGGUGACCAUCUCUGUGGACGGCAUCCUGACCACCACAGGCUACACCCAGGAGGACUACACCAUGUUGGGCUCUGAUGACUUCUUCUAUGUGGGAGGGAGCCCCAGCACAGCUGACCUGCCCGGCUCUCCAGUCAGCAAUAACUUCAUGGGCUGUCUCAAAGAGGUGGUGUACAAGAAUAAUGAUGUACGGUUGGAGCUGUCUAGACUGGCUAAACAAGGAGACCCAAAGAUGAAGGUGAGUGGGGUGGUGUCCUUUAAGUGCGAGAGUGUGGCCACGCUGGACCCCGUGACCUUUGACACCCCAGAGUCUUUCGUGGCCCUGAGCAAGUGGACAGCGAAGAAGGCGGGGUCCAUCUCGUUCGACUUCAGAACCACAGAGCCCAACGGGUUGAUGCUUUUCAGCCACGGCAAACCACGACAGAUGCAACGCAAGGACCCUCGCACACCCCCCACAAUCAAGAUUACUGACGCUAAAGUGUUUGCCGUACAGGUGGACUUCUUUGCCAUCGAGAUGCUAGAUGGUCACCUGUACCUGCUGCUGGACAUGGGCUCGGGAACCACCAAGACCAGGGCUAUCGACAGGAAGGUCAACGACGGAGAGUGGUAUCACGUUGACUUUCAGAGGGACGGACGCUCAGGAACAAUCUCUGUGAACAGUGUAAGAACAGCGUACACAGCUCCAGGAGACAGUGAGGUCCUGGACCUGGAUGACACCUUGUACCUCGGAGGACUACCAGAGGACCGAGCCGGACUCAUCUUCCCUACAGAGGUGUGGACCGCUCUGUUGAACUAUGGCUAUGUGGGCUGCAUAAGAGACCUGUUUGUGGACGGGCAGAGCAAAGACAUCCGACGGCUGGCCGAGGCCCAGAGGGCAGUCGGCGUGAAGCCCUCUUGCUCGAGAGAACCGCCCAAGCAGUGCCUGUCCAACCCCUGCCAGCACAACGGCAUCUGCAGGGAGGGCUGGAACCGCUAUGUGUGCGACUGCUCUGGGACGGGCUACCUGGGACGCUCCUGCGAGAGAGAUGCAACUAUCCUGUCCUACGACGGCAGCAAGUUUAUGAAGGUGCAGUUGCCCGUGGCGAUGCAUACCGAGGCGGAGGACGUCUCGCUGCGCUUUCGCUCCCAGCGGGCGUAUGGCGUUCUCAUGGCAACUACAUCCCGUAACUCUGCAGACACCCUUCGCCUGGAGAUGGACGGGGGCCGUGUCCGACUCACUGUCAACCUAGACUGUAUCAGGAUAAACUGUACAGCCAGUAAAGGCCCAGAGACCAUCUUUGCGGGGUCGGGCCUCAAUGAUAAUGAGUGGCACACGGUGAGGGUAGUCCGGCGUGGCAAGAGCCUCAAACUCACCGUAGAUGACCUGCAGCCUGUUGAAGGUCAGAUGGCGGGCGACCACACCCAGCUGGAGUUCCACAAUGUGGAGACGGGCAUUGUGACAGAGAAGCGCUUCAUACCCGCCGUGCCCUCCAAUUUCAUCGGCCACCUUCAGGGCCUCACGCUGAACGGCAUGCCCUACAUCGACCUGUGCAAGAACGGCGACAUCGACUACUGUGAGCUCAACGCCGUUAUCGGCUACAAGAGCAUCGUGGCCGACCCUGUCACCUUUCGCUCGCGCUCCAGCUUCGUCACGCUGCCCACGCUGCAGGCCUACUACUCUAUGCAUCUCUUCAUGCAGUUCAAGACCACGUCGCCCGACGGCCUCGUUCUCUACAACAGAGGAGAUGGCAAUGACUUCAUAGUGAUAGAGCUGGUUAAAGGCUACCUACAUUACAUUUCUGACCUGGGCAAUGGGGCACACCUGAUUAAGGGCAACUCCAACAGUCCUCUCAAUGACAACCACUGGCACAACGUGCACAUAUCCCGAGACACUAACAAUCUCCACACGGUCAAGAUUGACACAAAAGUCACCACGCAGACCACCAUGGGGGCCAAGAACCUCGACCUGAAGGGUGAUCUGUACAUUGGGGGCGUCUCCAAAGAGAUGUACCGGGACCUGCCCAAGCUGGUCCACUCCCGGGAGGGUUUCCAGGGUUGCCUGGCAACAGUGGAUCUAAACGGCCGGCUGCCUGACCUUUUGGCUGAUGCCUUAGCAACCAUGGGACAAGUGGAGAGAGGCUGUGAAGGUCCCAGCACUACCUGCCAGGAGGACUCUUGCUCAAAUCAGGGAGUUUGUUUGCAGCAGUGGGAGGGCUUCUCCUGUGACUGCAGCAUGACUUCGUAUGCCGGGCCUCUAUGCAAUGAUGCUGGGACCACUUACAUCUUUGGGCGUGAUGGAGGAGUCGUGGUUUACACAUGGCCUCCGAAUGAACGUCCCAGCACCAGGGCAGACCGACUCGCACUCGGCUUUAGCACCCAACAGAAACACGCCAUUCUGCUCCGGGUAGACAGCGCCUCCGGCCUGGGAGACUACCUUCAGCUGCAAAUAGACAAGGGCAACAUUAGAGUAGUGUUCAAUGUCGGCACUGACGACAUCAACAUCGAGGAGAGCUCCAAGUUUGUCAACGAUGGGAAGUACCACAUAAUCCGCUUCACCCGCAGCGGAGGCAAUGCAACCCUCCAGCUCGACGACCUGCCGGUGAUAGAGCGGUAUCCAUCAGGCAACAUUGAUAACGAGCGCCUGGCCAUCGCCAGACAGCGAAUCCCCUAUCGGCUCGGUCGAGUAGUUGACGAUUGGCUACUCGACAAAGGUCGCCAGCUGACCAUCUUCAACAGCCAGACCACGGUGCGUGUUGGUGGAGCUGGAGGCGAGCGAGGUGCAGGCAUGUUCCAGGGCCAGUUGUCCGGCCUCUACUACAACGGCCUCCGCAUCCUCAACUUGGCCGCUGAGGGGCAUGCGCACAUAAGAGUGGAUGGCAGCGCCCGAUUGGUUGGCGACAUGCCAUCCUCCUCCAUCACCCCGCAGUCCAGCGCUGCAGCUGGGGGCAACCGCUCUGACUCCGCCCCCUCCAUAAGCGACAUCACAACGACCACGGCCACCAACCGCAAACAGGGGGGCGCCACACAGCAGUCAGCAGACGACCUUCUGGUGGCGUCGGCCGAGUGUCCCAGCGAUGAUGAAGACAUCGAUCCCUGCGACCCCAGUUCAGCCCGCCCUCCCCUGCCUGAGGUGAAGGUGUUCACGGGUCCAUCCGAGGUGGUGCGGGAGAGCAGCAGCACCACGGGCAUGGUGGUGGGCAUCGUUGCGGCCGCCGCCCUCUGCAUCCUCAUACUCCUCUACGCCAUGUACAAGUACCGCAACCGCGACGAAGGCUCCUACCACGUGGACGAGAGCCGCAACUACAUCAGCAACUCGGCCACACAGCCCAACGGCAGCACCAAGGACAAGCCACUGGGCAUCGCCAAGAUCUCCAAGAACAAGAAGAACAAAGACAAGGAGUACUACGUCUGAGGCAAUAGACGUCCAACACACAGACAUAUACGCAUACACCUUUAUAUAUAACGGUAUAUGUACAUAAAUAGAUAUAUUCUCAACAAAAAAAAAAACACAAAUGCACACUGACAUAGACAUGCUGAUGUUAAUGUUUACUCUCCAAUAAUCACAACUGCACACAUGUUGGCAAGCACAAACAUACAUGCAUUCAAGCACAAACACUAACACUGAAGCACAAACACACACACACACACACACACACACACACAAAGACUGGCCUGAGGGCAUGGACCCUUAUUGUACAGUAUUUACCAAUGAGCAGAGCCUCUGCGAGAGUCUCGUUUUAUGAUCAUAAACACCAUUCCAAAUGAUUUAGGAAGCAAAUCCCAGUAAAGAACCAUUUUCGGGGCCAGCCAGAUAAAAAAUGACCAAUCGCUUCCCUGCCACAGCAGGACCUCUCCAGUUGGACUCAGAGGGGUCGAGGAAGACUUUAUGUGAAGCCAAUGGCAGACUGAGUAUGUUGAGUGAGAACAAGAACAAAGAUGAUGUAAAAGCACCAAGACAAGCACUAAGUGUCUCUUCCAAGCAUCUUGGCCUUCCUCCCUGUUUGCAGACGGGACUCAAUGAAGCACUGAGGAUGCUGAAGAAACAAGCACACCGAUGGUCCAAGUCUUAUCCCACGCAACAGGACAGGGAAUCAGGGUGUAAGCCACACGGCCAAUGAAUUACAAGUGAAUAGGCAGAGAUAACACAAUGGACGUGCCGCGGUUGUUUCGCAAAUCUCAAAGGUGGAAUCAGCGAAAAACUGAGAGAUAUUUUCCUGGACAGGAUACUUGAGACUUCAGAUGCUACCUACAGACACCAGUCGUGCACGACUGCGGUGUCACAUACACACACAUGCAUACAUCACACGUGCACACGCACAAAAAUAUUAACACUUGCAGACAAACCUGCAUUGCCAGAUCCACCAAUUCCUCAUAACUGAUUCUGAAGACUAUACAAGAAGACAAUGGUGAAAAUGACAUUAUGAUAAUUGUUAUGGCAAUGAUGACGAUGAAUAUGAAGAACAUUUGGUCAGUAUAGACUCUUUGGGGUAAGGGAGGGGGGGGUCUUAUUGCACGUGAAUUAUCUUACUCCGUGUGAUUUAUACCGCGUUGAAACUUACAAGGUUACACCGUGACGCACCACCAUCAUAGACUUACCACCUUGGCUUGAAGGAUUUCUGAACACGCACUUCAAAAUGUUUUUUUCCGUGUGUGUGUGGGAUUCAGCAAUGAUUUCAUCUCUAAAUCGAUUCUCCGUUCACAUCCUCAUUGACAAAGUGUGACCAUCUCGAGUGUGCUGCAUGCCUGAGUCUCUGAGCUGUGCCCGUGGAGUGGUGGCGUGUCCCAGUAAGUCCAGAGGUGGUAGGGGGGGAGGGGGAGGAGGAGGAGGGUGGCGUUGCGGGUUGCAAUGUAACUCCAACGCAACACCUGGAUUGGUGCGUCCUGUUUUCUAGCCUGACAUCGUAUAGGCCACGCCCACUAUACCUGCUCUGACAAACCACCUUUUUAUAGCAAAAACCAGCCGAGGAAGAAAAGAAAAAAAAAAAUCAAAAACAGAACAAAGUAAAUGUUACCAUGUGUUGCUGAUAGAUAGAAAAUCCAGUUCAUGAGGCCAUUGGCUAUAUGACAACUUGAGUUGCUUCGAUUUCAUUGGCUCUUCCUUUCCUCUCUUUCUCGCUACGUCCUUUUGUCUUUAUGCUAUUGGUCGACUGACUUAUCGAUAGACACGAUCAAUACACGACAGACAGACGGGUUUCCGAUUGGGCUGCACACUAUAAUUCUCGGUCCCAUGAACUCUUGCGGUGUCUGAGCCCUCUGCAGCUCGAGAACUGCAGCUCCACGAUAUACCAAUACAAACAGUGCCAUGACAUGAGCCUGCCCCUCCGGUUCCCACGAGCAGCGCAGCCAACCGGUCAAAUGCAUGCACGACGGACAGCCGCGAGAAACACCGAAUAGGACUGUGUGUGAGAUUUGAAAAAUAUAAAGUCCAAAUGAAACUUAACAUAUUCCCUUGUUCUCUCCAUCCUUAGCUGGCCUUUUGACCUAAUUUCCCUCCCUUCUCUUCUUUCCCCCUCGUUUGGUAUGUUUCCCCCAUCCGCCCCUCCACGUCCGUCGCUUUCUGUUCCCUCUAUCUCUGUUGUGUUGCCAUCUGAAACAAAAGGAGGUGUCUCCACCAGUUGGAUCCUACAUCUAGGUGUUCAUUAACCAUGUUUAUUUUCUAUAUGUACAAUUUUUCUACAGUAUUUACUUUUAUUUUUAUUGUUACGGUUCUUUGAUGAACAUAAAGUGGAAAUUUAUUAUGAAAAAUAGUUUUGAAGAUUAAUGAGUAAAUAAAAUAUUACCCAAG